UUGAUGUAAGUGGUGGCCCACUGUAAGCGAUUUGAUAAUGUAAAAUCAGUGUGUUGGAGAACAACGAAAUACUUGAAAGCAAAGUUUGAAAAUUUAGUGGACACAGAUCGAAUUUAUGAUUUUUGCAUUCAAAUAAUGGUAGUGAAAGUGAAACUGCGAAAAUCCAAUGUGGUUUUAUUGUUGAUGAUCGUCUUUGUGUGCUUCAUUUAUUAUUACUGGCGUCAAACUAGUUCAUUGAAUGGAAUCGUUGCAUAUCGAAUGCUAAAUAAAAAUCGUAACCAGACACUGGCAAAUAAUCAAAUUCUAAUCUACAACAAAUACUACAACAUUGGUUGGAAAGAUCUGUUUACGGGCGAACCACUUUUUCGAGAUAAUCGAUGCAUCUACACAACCGAUCCCGACGACCUGAUGACAUCGGAAUGGGUACUGAUUCACCAUCGUGAUAUAAGGAAAUUCAGCGAUCUGCCACAACAGAAAUUUUUAGGCCAAAAAUGGAUUUUGUACAACAUUGAAUCACCGAUGGGCAACCGGCGCUGGGACGAUAUGAAAUUGUUUCGUAAUAUCGCUCCACAUUUUGAUAUAACAAUGAACUACCGGCUGGAUUCGGACAUUCCGAUUCCGUACGGAAUGAUAGCAAAGAAUGCAAAUGAAACGAUUGCCAGUUUUGAAAUUGAUUUUCAACGAAAAACAAAGCAAAUUGCAUGGUUCGUCUCGAAUUGCGAAUCGUUUUCAAGGCGAGAGGAAAUUGUCGAAAAAUUAGGUCGACACAUCCCAAUCGACAUCUAUGGAAAGUGUGGUACGUUGAUUUGUCCAACUGGAGGUGAUCAUUUUUUCAAAAAUGAGGCUUGCUAUCAAAUGCUGUCGAAAGAUUACAAAUUUUAUCUGUCGUUUGAAAAUUCCUUGUGCAUCGAUUACGUUACCGAAAAGUUGUUCAACAUUUUAAACUACGACAUCAUACCGAUUGUGUACGGCGGUGUGAACUACUCUCAUAUUCUACCAGCAAACUCAUACAUCGAUGUGAGGAACUUCUCAUCUUCUGUGGAAUUGGCCAGUUAUUUGAAUUAUGUCGGCAAUAACGAGGCUGUCUACAGAUCGUAUUUUGAUUGGAGAAAAGACUACCACGUACAGUCCGACUUUCCAAACACUCUCUGUGAUUCCAUAUUGGAUGGUAACUUUCCUCACAGUAAUAGAGACAUUUUCAAGUGGUGGUUAGACGACACGUGCGAAGAUUUAACUAACUGUUGCUGGACUGAAUAAUACUAAAAGUUUCAGCGUUUGCAUAGCUUUAAAGGUUGUAUGGUAAGAGCGGUCUGAGAACCGUUUUUCGUGAUUGAGAAUGUGAGGAUGGCGUGACUGCCAUUUCAUAAAAAUGUAACAAAAACCACAAAAUCAAAUAACAAUUCAAUGGAACAACGAAUGUCUGGUGUGACUUUUACAUUAAAGUAUUUCAGAACGAAAAAAAAAUCGUCACUUCGCAAACGCAAUAAUUAGUCUUUGUGUUAAAUUACAGGUGAAUAUAUGGAAUGUUUUGUACUGACUAAUCUAAUGCAUCGAUUUUAUUGCUAUCGAUCUGACAACCUGUUCGUUUUCUGCUACAUAUAAAUGUAUAGAGAUA